AUGGCCCGGGCAGCAGGGGUGCGGGCCCGCCGCCGCCCUAAGUUGAGGAGGGAGAGGCCCGGCCCAGCCCCGGCAUCGCCCGGCGCCGCGGAGGCACCGCCCAGCCCCGGCUGCGUCCGCGAGGCGGCCGUGCGUCCGCCGCCGCCCUUCGCUGCGGCCGAGCCGCCGCUUGCCCCGCGGAGUCACUUCAGCAGCCCGGACGCCGCCCCGGGUCACCUGACCUCCCCGCCCACUUCGGCGGCCACCUUCUCCGCGAGGGCGGGGCGGGCGGCUCGCGGCUCGCAGGCUCGCAAGCGGGGUGGGCGGAGCGCCGAGGGGCGGAGCCUCGGCGUGGCCCCACCCUCCGGCCCAGCCGCGUCUCCGCCGGGGAGUGGGCGGAGCGCGGUGGGCCGUCAUCUUGGCAUUGCCACGCCCCUGUCCCCGCCUCCCUCCCGGGCCAAGAUGGCGGGCGAGUGGGUCCAGCCCAUCCCAAGAUGGCGGGUGAGUGGGUCCGGGCUCCGGGGUCUCCGAGCGGCUCCCCUCCCCCUCCCCGUCCCCGCCCCUGCCCCGCGAGCCCGGGACCCGCCGCCCGCGCAGCCCCGCGUAACUCCUUGCGUGCCUUUUGAUUUUUCAGAGGCCCCCCUGUACUUUGAGGACUUGCAGGAUGACUUAGACGACUAUGGAUUUGAAGAUUGUAGUCCAGACUGUGGCAACGGGAAGGUCAUGGCUUUCUUGGACGCCCCUGGCCACGAUAACCUGCCGCUGCUCACUCGCUUGGAAAAGCACGCCUUCAGUGAGAAUGUCUUAAGCCGUCAGAUUGUUGCCAGAGGACUACUGGAUGUCUUCCGGGAUGUCGGCUGCAGUGACAAGGACGCCCUGGCGGUGAUGGAGGUGGCUGUCCGACUGUCAGAAGAUGCAGAGCCCACGGUGCGGACUGAGCUGAUGGAGCAGAUCCCUCCCAUCGUCGCUUUCUUGCAAGAAAGCAGGUUGGACUUCCCUGUGGUGGUCUCCCAGCACCUCGUGCCUGUGAUAGUGCGGUACCUCUCCGAUGCAGACAAGCAGGUCAGAAAAUCCAGCCAGGAAGUACUGCUGGCUCUUCUGGAGCAAGACCUAAUUUCCCAGUGUGACGUCGAAGGCAAAGUGUGCCCUGUUCUGCUGGAGCGCUCUGGCCCUGACCGCGAUGAUGAGUGCCGAGCAGAGGCCAUAAGCACAGUCUGCAGAAUGGCGUCCAUGCUGCCCAAGAGCACAGUUACAUACCAGCUGCUGCCUCGAUUCUGUGAGCUGUGUGCCGAUGGCAAACUCUUCCAAGUUCGGAAGGUGUGUGCCACGCACUUUGGCGAUAUUUGUCAUGCUGUCGGACAAGAAGCCACUGAGAAAUUUUUGAUACCGACAUUUUUUGAGCUCUGCUCGGAUAACAUGUGGGGGAUGCGGAAAGCGUGCGCGGAGUGCUUCAUGGCCGUGUCCUAUAAUACCUCUCCCGAGGUCCGCAGGGCCCAGCUCUCGCCUCUCUUCAUCAAACUCAUCAGUGAUCCCUGCCGAUGGGUGCGCCAGGCUGCCUUUCAGUCCCUCGGUCCCUUUAUCUCCACCUUUGCAAACCCAUCCCGGGCUGGCCUGUACAUUCGGGAGGAUGGCACCCUGAGCACCAGGCCUCCGAGCCAAGGCGUGGACUCUGACUUUGCCUCUGGAGCACCCACACCCAGCAGUUUCAGUGCCGUCUCCUUAGCCGGUUCUAAAACACCUGUGCACGUGCAGCCAGAUCUCCUUCCAGAAGGCACUUCAGCCGAGACCAGUCAUCUGCAUGCUAGUACUUCUUCCUCAGACACAACAGAAAGCCAGCUAGGGAGCCCUUCCUCAGCCAGAGCGGAAAUGACCAUGAUGUCCACCAGCAACUGCCCCUUCCCAGAGCUCCCAGGUGUCAGUGGCUGCCCCAGCCACAGUCACCCUGAAACGGAGCCAGGAACUUCCGAGACCACCUUCAGCACUUUCCUGCAUUGGCGAGCUCCUCUGCCUGACAUAAGCGAGGAUGUGGAGGUCCUCCUGAGUGGGUCUGGACCACUGGAAGAGAGCCACAGUGGACCUGAGGCUGUGUGUGACAGCUAUGUGGCCAGGAAUGAGAUCCAGAGAGUCCUGCAGAGUCUGCAGGGGCAUCUGCUGCAGGACCCAGACAUUCAAGCUCAAGUUCAGGUAUUAUCUGCCGCACUGAGAGCAACACAGCUCGACUCCACCAGUGACCCUGAGAGCAAGCAGACAGAAGGUCUGAGCGCAGAGUCUGCUUCAGACCCCAGCCCUGCCUCUGACAAUCACAUUCUCCCGUCGGCUUCAUCAUCUCAGAAUGAGCUCUCCGUGGCCAGGAUAUUACAGAGCACAGACCAAACUGAGCCUCAAAAUGGAGCCAGUGGCCACCUGGGGACUGAGCAGGGCCAGGGACCGACCGCACUCGAGGAGAGUAAGGCUAAAGUACAGGUUGGCCUGCACUCCAUCCAGUGUGGUGAGCUCCUCCCUCUUGUUUCCCAGGAUAUAAUCCCUCAGCCUCUGCUAGACCAGUUUGUGUCCAUGACUGACCCAGCUAGAGCCCAGACUGUGGACACCGACAUCGCCAAACACUGUGCCUACAGCCUCCCUGGAGUGGCCCUGACCCUGGGCCGGCAGAACUGGCAUUGCUUGAAGGGCACGUAUGAGACUCUGGCUUCUGAUGGUCAGUGGAAGGUCCGACGGACUCUCGCAUUUUCAAUUCAUGAACUGGCAGUGAUUCUCGGAGAUCAGUUGACGGCAGCUGACCUGGUACCCAUCUUCAGUGGCUUUCUAAAGGAUCUGGAUGAAGUGCGUGUAGGAGUCCUUAAACACCUUUAUGACUUCCUAAAGCUGCUCCACGAGGACAAGAGGAGAGCUCACCUCCGGCAGCUGCAGGAGUUUGUGGUGACUGACAACGACAGGAACUGGAGAUUGCGCUAUGAACUAGCAGAGCAGCUGAUUCUGAUCUUGGAUCUCUAUGGCCCCAGCGACGUUCACGGUUACCUGAGGCACGUUGCCCUGAAGUUGUGUGCAGACAAAGUUUCUCAAGUGCGCUGGAUUUCCUUCAAGCUAGUAGCAGUGAUGCUGCGGAAGUUCUAUUCCCACGGUGCGAGUGCUCUGGGGCUCAGUUUCAUCCAGGAGCUCACCUCAAGGUUCCGGCAUUGCCCGAAGUGGGUUGGAAGACAGGCUUUUGCUUGCAUCUGUCAGGCUGUGGUGACUGAAGACUCUGUCCCCGUGGACCAGUUUGUGGAGCACUUGCUUCCCAGCCUCCUGAGCCUGGCGGCGGAUCCUGUGCCAAAUGUGAGGGUGCUUCUGGCCAAGGCCCUGCGGCAGACACUGCUGGAGAAGGCAUAUUUUAGAAAUGCCUGGAACCAUCAUCUUGAAGUUGUUGAAGAGACUCUCUUGGCUCUGCAGUCCGACCCGGACCAAGAUGUUUCAUUUUUUGCUUCCCUAGAGCCAAAGAUGCAGAAUGCUACAGACACCACUGUACCGGAAAACUAGAACUAAACCCUGUGUCGGGUGCACAGGGAUGGCUUCAGUGCACACAUGCCUGUAACUUGAAGGGGAUCCAAUUGUAUUGAUACUUGUGGAGGAGGUUUAAUUGAGGUAAGGGGGCAGCUUCCCCCAUAUGCUCCCCACCCCUCCAGACCUGCUCCUCGGCAGGUUACAAAGAUUUACUCUCUGGCUUCCACACCAUCAGCUAUGACAGGCAGUUUGUUUUUUAGCAGAGACUGUUAUUUAACGUGUCUCCCAAGAGCCUGGUAUAAUUGUUGACACCUGUAGCCCCAGCACCUGCGAGACUGGGGCAGAGAGAUCAAGAGCUCAAGGUCAAUCAAGAGAAUUCCAGGCCUGCCUGAGCUACAUAACAAAACCCUGUCCAAGGAAACCAAACAUAAGUCUAGAGCUACCCUCACCAAUAAAGUAAUUUAGUAGAAGUUUGUACAUCUUUUCUGGGCUUGCUGCCCUAACCUUUCUGAGAAACUCAAAUACUGUACAUAUGUAAAUAACUUGACAGGAAGAAAAUAUAUGAAUGUAACACUAGCUUGCCUAGUGAAAAAACACCGUGUGAAGUCUCCUGCUCAGGAGCUGCUGCGGGUGCUGCUGACUUGAUGACCUUUGAACUGUGUCCUAGUAAAGAAUGGUUACCUCUGCUGUG